AUGUGCCGGGAUAACGAAGGAAUGAGAGAUCACUUCAGAGAGCUGUUUCUUGAAAUGCACAACUUUCGCAGGUCCAAUAUGGCUCUAGGGAAAGUUAGAAAAAGUACCGGCAGGUUGUUCCCCGAAGCUGCUGACAUGCAAAAGAUGGUCUACGACUGUGACUUGGAAGCUCAUGCUAUGAUAUACGCCGAAACGUGCGCAUUGCAGCCAUCUUACCCUGGCACUCGAAGAGGCCAGGGUGAAAACGUGGCUGUGGUACAGCCUUCGAGUGCGGAAGAUUUUACGGCGGCUGUUGAAUGGGCUGUGCGAUCGUGGUUCAGACCGGUAAAGAGUGAGGACAGUAUAGGAGUUCAAAAAGUCACAUUCCGAGCAAAACACAAAUACACGGCCGUUGCACAUGCAACACAGGUG